AUGUUUUACAGCGCGCGCCUUCUAAGGGAAACGCGCGAUGACGACGAUAAUGGCGAUGAAGAAGAUAAGCAAAUUGAUACCGUUUUGUCCUCGAGUGAUGACAGCUACGGCAACACUAUACGUCAAUGGGUACCAUUGCGAUCUGCAAAACAUAGAUUGUCUUACGAUUUGGAUGAUGACGACGGUGACGAUGACGGUCCUGGUACGAGUGUACCGCGAUCACGCCAGCGUGUAUCGGAUCCAUCAGCGCUUGUGCCAUAUACCGACAAGAACACAGCUACAAGUGCGUGUGCAACCUCUGUUCCCGCGACAGAGCGUUUAAACGACGGUCAUCAAGUCGAAAUUUUGACCGGAUUUACGAUGCUUGAAAGUAGCGGAGAGGGUGACGCUGAUUUCACGCCAUCGUCGCCGAUAGGGCCUCCGCAGACGUGUUCGACCCCACGUGCUGAUAACGAGAAUGACGAGUCGUGUUCGGAAGAAGAUUUUUUUUCGUCUCCAGAUGUCGAACCUUCUAAUCGGGCUUUUAUCGGACGAUCAUAUCCGAGAGGUGAUUUGGAUUUGGUACGUGUGAUUCAGCGUAAUUAUGCUGUGCCGAACGAAGCUGUGCAAUGUGCUAUCGAUGCACGAUCAGUAUCUGAAAGCAGUGACGAAGAUGAUGAACCUGCCAAUAGCACAGCUACAGCAGCAGCAGCGGCAGACUCUACAAACAAUGCUCAGCGCGCAGCAAUACAAAACUUUUACUCGCGGCCCGUCCCAGAGGCCGAGCGUUCUUAUCAUCAGAUCGUCGAUCGCGCCGGAAUGACGUAUCAUCGGUACGAUGAAAGAGAUGCUUUUGACAAUAGGAUAAAUGAGCGUAAGUUUAAUCUUUAUUUCUGA